CAUAAAUUACCUCACUGUUGGACUCUGUAAUUGCAUUACUAAAUUUGCUUGAGACACUAAAGUAAGUAAUUGUCCUUUCAAACCAAGAAAGGCAGAGCCCCCAAGGUUUUUGUAGAAUUUCAGCUUAGUCUGAUGUAUGCUGGGUUAGGUGAUAAGGUAAGGUAACAAAGAUAAUAUCUUCCCUGCGAACAAGCAAUUUGAAGAAAGGCUUUUCGCUUAAUAUGUUCUCAUGGAAAGCUCGCCUCCGAAGGAAACUGAUCGCAUGUUUAAAGAUCUUAAACAGCUUAACAAUGUGGACAAAUCCAAGGGGUUUAUUGAUUACACAUCACGAACGAGAAAUGUCAAAAAAUGAUAACCGCCUUCUUCCCUUGGGGAGGAAAUACCAAAAAAAAAAAAAAAUCAACAUUUCAACCAUUAGUAGUUUAGUGCACGCAGUUGAUUAGUUUGAAAAACCUGUUUAUACUUCAUUCUAAAUCAUUCGCCCUAAUCAAUUUACUAAGGCAGAAAUUGGUGGUGAUGAGCAGCGGGACGCUUGGGUUACUCCGCCUGCGGCCGCGCGGGUUCCCACACUCAUUGCAUGGCUAAUUUCAGUUUUCGCAGUAGUUUCGAUCUCUAAACUUUCUUCUAUGGAUUUCCGGCGCGUUAAUAAAACCAGUCAAUCCAGAAAUGCAACGUCUCGGGUGUCGUUUGAUGUCAUUCACUUAGUUUUAUAGAACAUUAGCUUUUCUGGACCAAAGGAUUUGUGUGGCCUGAAUAUCUAUGUAAAUCCGUAUGUGUGGGUGAGAUGAGGAAAAGAAAUAAGAUAUUCUUUUUCCUCACUCCACAUUUUAUAUCUCCACCUUUCCUGUAAAACAACUUGCUGGCAUUACAUUAUUUUUAAGCAUACGCAUUUUUCUUCACAACAAAAGAGACGGCUCAAGGACAACAAAAAGUAUCGUAAAUUAUCAGCGGGGGUUGAAAAUCCGGCGUCCAAAAAUAAUUACGCCACGUCAAACUGGCGCUGACUCGGGUGGAAGGGUCCAGUCAGUCCGGGUCCUGGAGAGUCAAGGAGAGAUGUGUACUAAAGUUGCAAGAAAGCAGUGAUUAAGAACUUGAAAACACUUAGACUGAUGUCACUGUCAGGCUUCACACUUCACUCCCGGUUAGUGAGUGAUCGAUCAUCAUGGUGGUGAAACGACUCAGACGAAGUGCCCCUGGAAUCUGCUUGUUCUUGAUGUCGACGUUGCUGCUGAUGAUAGUAGUAGAACAGAGCCCCCGCCGAAGCCUUCCUUCCCCUUCAGAGUACGUCAUCUUCUGGAGCCACGCCAAGCCUUUAGAGGAUGGCCGGUACCCGGGGGAGUAUGUGCCCUUUGUGGUGGUUCCGGUGGAGGAGGAGCGGCUGCUGGACACGCGCCUGGAGGAGAGUGUGGCGCUGACGAGGCGGGAGAGUCGCGUGGUGCCCCGUUUACACGCCCCUGGGACCACCUCACUCCACUACACACACAGCCCACCGCCCCCCCUCCCCUUCACCAUGCUGGAUCCUCGGGGUGUUUGGACGCCCUGGAGGCCCCAGUUGAGUGCCGUGGGCGACUACUUCAAGUACCUCAAGACGCCUCAGGUCUACUGCAGGAAGCUGAUCAGAAUGGGUGGCCACGUGACCUGCAAAAGGAACCAGAUGGACGGACACAAGUACUUGUGCUUCGAUGCACCGCUGAGACUCGUAGCGCCGAGGAACUCCCAACGGUGUCUCGUUCUCUCUUACGGCGUCCAGAUGGACACAUCCUUCGACGAGGCCGUAGUGAACUUGCCGUGCGAUGUGCACAUGUUCGACGUGCUGGACUUCAGCCCCGAGCUGGCCAGGGAGGAAGAACACGCCUAUUUUCAUAACGAGGGGUUGGCAAACUCGGAUCGCGUUAACUACUUCGACAACAUCAAGCUGAGGGUGAAGAUGGACACCCUCCGGAACCACGUGAAGAAACUGGGCCUGCAGGGGCGCCUCAUACACGUGCUCAAGAUGGACAUCGAGAACAGCGAGUGGGAGUCCCUCACGGACAUCGCCGAAGACCCCCUUUUUGACGCCGUUGGACAGGUGGCAGUGGAAGUGCACGCGAUACAGUUGGUCGGCGGCCGGACCGCCCAUCACCCGGCCGAUGUUCCCCGCGAGAAGUGGCUGGAGGCCCUGCAGAGCCGCUACGAUGUCUUCAGGAUGAUCGAGGCGCGAGGGUUCCGUCGGGUGCUGUACUGGGACAACGUGCAAGACGAUAUCCAUCUCGUCGACGACCUGGGUGUGCGCUACGAGACGGCCGGCGAGCUGCUCUACGUCAACACCAACUGGUCCAACGCCACCUUCAUGCACGAGCUGGAACGGCGCGGUUUCAACAUUUCGCGUCCUACAAGUCUGUCGUGGCAGUAUGAUGCAAGGAUCCUGUCUUGAGGGAUAGUGUGAUGCAAGAAUCCUGCUUAGAGGUAUAGUGUGAUCAACGUUACCAGAUUAUCAAACUUAGCAACCUGCAUUUUCCGGUUUCUGACCCACAACUAAUGCAAAAACAUCAAUAACUAGCGGGUUUAACAAUAACUUUACUUGUAGAUCGUUAUUUGUGUGGUUACGGCCGUUCUUGAGUCUGAAACUGAUAAAUGUUAUGUUACGAGUACGAUAAUCUGGUAACGCUGACUGCAAUGCUUGGAACCUGCAUUAUAGAGUGAUGUAUCCUGUGCUGAGGGUCCUCGAAAAUCCUUGAUGUGAUUUAAGGACCUUGUUCACAUUAACUCUGCAAAUAAGGUCCUCUCCCAUCCCCAUCAUGUGUAUAUAUUAUUACCCAGUCCACCAACAAGCUACGCCCUCUCUCUGCUUCAAGCUAUUCAAAGGGCAGAUGCUGGAAAAUGUUUAAUCUUAUUGGCUAUUGGGCUUGUGUGUGUGUGUGUGUGUGUGUGUGUGUGUGUGGAGGGAGGGGGGGCUUGAGAGUGACUACCGUAAAAAGAGUCGACAGCAGGAUUUUUUUAAGGUCUUUUUUAAGGUCUUCACAGAUAGAUAGCUAAAUACUGGGACGGAGAUUGAUACAUAUCUUUUCUUGGUGCUGUCGAAGUGGCUGCAAAUGGUCAGUCAUGGUGGUACUCUCUAGACGAAAUUUGAGUCGUAAUAAGAAAUGCCUGAGGAAAACUGAUCUAGUGGUUCCUUGGUGUGAUUCCUUGGGCAUUUUUUGUGGGGGAAAAAAAUAGAAGAGGAAACGGUGGUAUCAUAGUUGUUUCUUAUAUUCGUCGGGUCUGGUCUAAGUUAAAGGUGGCCUCCCACGUGCACCUUGCUUACCAUUGCCCGAAUGACGAGGUUCCAAGCGCUUUUCUCUCUCUCUCUCUCUCUCUCUCUCUCUCUCUCUCUCUCUCUCUCUCUCUCUCUCUCUCUCUCUCUCUCUUUCAUGAUCUUUACUGUACGAAAAGUGGAGAGGAAGACAGACAAACAGACAGAAAUAAAGAAAGAAAGGAAAAAAGAAAGAAACAAAGAAGGAAAGAAAGAAACAAAGAAACAAAGAAAAAUAGAUAGAUAGAAAGACAGAUAGAUAGAUAGGUAUAGGCUGUGUGCGUGUCCCAUCAACUCUAUUCAGUUUUAACAAUAAAUCCAAUUGAUGAUGAGCUGUUAAUACCUCAUAAUGCCCCUCCGCCACGUAGGUAGAUGUGUUUUAAUAGCGAGGUCGACCUACAGAGAGGGCACUGAGUAAACUUUUUUUGACCAAGAUAAAUAAGGAACUCACGCUGGCCUAAGAGACGUUGGAAGAAAGAAGGAACUAAGAGGAAGAAAAAGACACACACAAAAAAAACAUCAACUUCAACAACAACAACAAUAAUAAUAAUUAUAAUAAUAAUAAUAAUAAUA